AUGCCUGGACUCUGGUUUGGAAACUUGAUUGCCGAUGCUUACUUGAAAAAUGCCGAGCUCAACACUAACUCCGGCAUUCUCAUUGUCGCCAAUUACUCUCAGAUCACUCAGGACUUUGACUAUUAUGCCGACUAUGAAGAUAACAAUGGUCUGAAGCCUGCAGAGGUAACCAUUGCAAUCAGCGAAUCUGAUUUGAAGGGUGACCUUGUUGCAUAUAACGGCAGCUACAUCGGCUAG